UUCAUAAGCUUAUGUGCCCUUCUUUACUAGAGAGAAAAAACAGAUAAAGAGAGAGAGAGAGAAAGAAAAAUGAGUUCAACGAGCAGAGCAUGGAUUGCAGCAGCUACUCUUGGGGCUGUUGAAGUGAUGAAAGAUCAAGGCCUAUGCAGACGGAAUUACACCCUUAGAUCGUUGCACCAACAUGCCAAGAGCAAUCUUGGAUCAUUUUCUCAGGCUACUAAGAGCCUAUCUUCUUCUUCUUCCAUGGCCAUAGCGAGCAAUAAUAAAGCCAUGAGAGAGGAGCAGCAGAUGAAGCAAUCCGAGGAUUCUCUUAGAAAAGUUAUGUACUUGAGYUGCUGGGGUCCCAAUUGAUCCAUCCAGACAUUGAAUGCGCGGACGGAGUCUGAAAGUUUUGGACCAACAACGCCAGAAUGGAAAUCGAGAAUAAACCGGAAAAAAGAAAAUAGAGAAAGCCCAGAAAAGUCAUACGCUCUAGCCUGAAGAUUUUCAUUUUUGAAGAUUGUGAUUGUGAAGCGAAAACCUCUGUAAAUGUCUGAUAAUUGUUCUCAUACAUGUAAAGAACACUUUGUCCCUUUUUUUCC